UAGUCGUAUACUUCUCUAUCUUGUAUCUACGGUACCAUGCUGGCAUUGUUACAGAUGAGAUGCUUUCCAUGCCAAAAGCUCCUUUUCUGGCAGUGGGCCUCUUAGAAGCUCUUGCGGCUGCAACUGGAAUGGCAGCUGGAGCAAUUUUGUCUGGAGCAUCAAUUCCAAUUUUGUCCCAGACUUUUCUCGUUUGGCAAAUUCUCCUGUCAGUUAUUUUCCUUGGGAGAAGAUAUAGAGUAAAUCAACUUUUAGGAUGCUUUCUUGUGGCUAUCGGCGUAAUCAUAACUGUAGCAAGGUAACUCACGUAUAUGAUCUUUUCGAAUUCUAUAUUUUGUCUUAGGCUUCUACAAACAAUACUCAGCUAGUCGCUCUUGUUGGUGAACGGAAUGUUCAAGGAUUCUGAACUUUUAAC